ACCAACUAAACUCCCCUCUCAUUACAUUCCUACAUAUAUACACAAUCUCCAAUCUCUUCUUGAAGUUUAGUUUCCCAUUGAUAUAUUAUCAUGGAGAUGGACAAGUCCAAUGGCGAUCUCUCUCAUCUCAAAUUGGAGAUCAGAGUCGAUCGACUGUCCGACUUCAGCCUCGACCUUCCCUGCGACAACCUGAUCUUCAUUCGGUACUACAUCGUCGCGGGGAACGGGGAGAGAAUUCGGGUGGAUACUCGAGAGGUCUCCCCGUCCGUCAUCCCGGUUUGGGAUGAGAUCGCCGCCAUGGAGUGCCGGGGCCGAUCAGUGGGAGAAGUGCUGGAGCCGCACACGGCGGUGUUCGAGCUGCGGCGGCGGCCGAGGGCUGGGAGCUUGAUCUCCUCUGGGUCUAAGCUCUUGGGAAGGGCGGAGAUUGCUUGGAAGGAGGUGCUGGCCUCGCCCAAGAUGUCGAUGCGGCGAUGCGUCAGGUUCGGGUCGUUGAGUUCGGAGUGGAGCCGCGGAGGAGUCAAGAGUACUCCGGGUCUCUUGGUGGAGAUGAAGGUGGAGGCCAUGGCCAUGGAAUUCUCUGCGGCGAGCGGCAGCACGCAGAGGGUCGGCAUGGAGAAAUGCGGUCGUCGCAGGAAGUCUGAGGGAUUUGGGAGUGAAGAUGAGAUGCGUUUGGCUGCAGCAACAAUGAACGCAUGGUAGCUAGCUAGCUAGCUAGCCAUACGCAUGCAUGUUUUCAUGUACAAUUAAUUGCUAGCUUCUCUAUUUCGUUUCGUUUCGUUUGUCAGAGGAAGUAACAUGAUUAAAAGUCUUAUGAAGAGACUUGGUGCUGCA